AUGGGUCUGAGGAGCCGAACCUUCCAGCAGAUAAACACUCCGAUCUGGACCCGAGUGAGCCUGGCCCCGAGACAGAACUUGCCCCGGAUCAUCCUCAAAGGAAUCUUCCAGGGCGUUAAAGUGGUGCGUGGCCCAGACUGGGACUGGGGCAACCAAGACGGUGGGGAGGGUAAGGUGGGGAAGGUAGUGGACAUUCGAGGCUGGGACACAGAGUCGGGGCGCAGUGUUGCCAGUGUGACCUGGUCCAACGGCACCACCAACGUCUACCGCAUGGGCCACAAGGGCAAAGUAGACCUGAAGUACGUGUCUGACGGGCAGGGAGGAUUCUACUACAAGGAGCACCUUCCCAAACUAGGGGAACACGCAGAAAUACAGAGACAGGAGAGCGCAGACGGACACUCGUUCCAACAGGGAGACAAAGUGAAGUGUCUCCUGGAGGUGGACAUUCUGAGGCAGAUGCAGGAGGGCCACGGAGGCUGGAACCCCAAGAUGGCCGAGUACAUCUGUCGGAUCGGGACCGUCCACAGAAUCACCGACAGAGGAGAUGUCCGAGUCCAGUACAGCAACAACAUCCGCUGGACUUUUCACCCUGGUGCCCUCACCAAGGUGAACACGUUUGGAGUGGGAGAGCUUGUGCGAGUGCUGGAGGACAUGGACAGUGUAAAGAGACUCCAGGCUGGACAUGGAGAGUGGACAGACAGCAUGGCUCCAGUCCUGGGGCAGGUGGGGAAGGUGCUGAAAGUGUACGCAGAUGGGGACCUGCGUGUGGCGUUUGGCGGUCAGACGUGGACUUUCAAUCCGGCGUGUCUUUCGGCGCAGCCCGUGGAAGUGGACGCCAACCUCAUGACCGCCGAGAACCCAUCAGAAUCCGGAAGUACAGUAAUCUCGGUGCUGGAGAAGCUGCUGGCCCAGUCCACAGAACAGGACAACCCCAGCCGACUGGUGAUAGAGGCUGCCCAUGGGAGUGCCAGUAAAGUGCGAGAGCUGUUACAGAAAUACCCUGACAAGGUGGACAUAAAGAACCAGGGAAAGACAGCUCUCCAAGUGGCCUCUCAUCAGGGACACAUGGAGGUGGUGAAGGCCCUGCUCCAGGCCAACGGCUCCAUCGAGAUCAAGGACGAGGAUGGAGAUACGGCUCUGCACUACACCGCUUUUGGGAACCAGGCGGAGGUGGCGCGUCUGCUCCUGAGUAAAGGGGCCAAUGUGAACAUGCUGAAUAACUCCAUGUGCACUGCACUCCACAUCGCCGUCAACAAAGGAUUCAGUGACGUUGUGCGGGUCCUGACCGAGCACUCGGCUGACGUCAAUCUGCAGGACUCAUAUGGAGACACGCCUCUCCACGACGCCAUCGCCAAAGACUUCAGGAGCAUCAUCGAGGUCCUGGUGGUGGUGCCCAGUAUAGACUUCAGUCAACAGAACCACAGAGGCUUUAAUCUGCUUCACCAUGCUGCGCUCAAGGGAAACAAGCUGGCCACAGAGAGGAUCCUGGCUCGUGCGCGGCAGUUGGUCGACGUGAAGAAGGAGGACGGUUUCUCGGCGCUGCACCUCGCCGCUCUCAACAACCACAGAGAAGUCGCAGAGAUCCUCAUCAAGGAGGGCCGCUGUGACAUGAACAUCCGUAACAACCGAAACCAAACGGCGCUGCAGCUGGCGGUGACGCAGGGCCACACGGAGCUGGUGGAGCUGCUGGUGUCAGAGGGAGCGGACGUCAACAUGGAGGACGAGGAUGGAGAUACGGCAAUGCACACCGCCCUCCUGCGCCCCCAGCUCGCCUCCACCAUCAUCAACCCCACAGAGGGAGGGGACAGCUGUGGAAACUCCCUCUACACAAAGCUGAGCGCCUCUGGGCUGCUGGGAAACACUGAGCUGAGCGUGGGAGCAGCCAUCGCCUGUUACCUGGCCCAGGAGGGGGCAGACGUGAGCUACGCCAACCACAAAGGAAAGAGCCCUCUGGACCUGGUGACAGACAGCACUGUGCUACAGCUCAUCAAGAGCUUUUCUGAGAAGCACAGGCUCCAGCGUCUCUCUGCCCUCACGUGUGGUCAGGGCCUGAGCAGCGCCAGUCUGAGGAGAGUGCACACCACCCCAAACACCAUGACCAACCUGGUGCUGCCCACGCCCCCUGGCCCCAGCGAGUGUCUCAUCUGCUCUGAGCUGGCUCUGCUCGUGCUCUUCUGCCCUUGUCAGCACAGCGUGGCCUGUGAAGAGUGCGCCCACAGAAUGAAGAAGUGCAUCAAAUGUCAAGUCACAAUCACAAAGAAAAUCAGACAAGACCAAACAGAGGUGGACUGCAGCCCUGGGACGGAGCACUCGGAUCAGCACAACCUCCUGGAGCAGCUCCAGUCUCGCUACAGACAGAUGGAGGAGCGCAUCACCUGCCCCAUCUGCAUCGACAACCACAUCAAGCUGGUGUUUCAGUGCGGACACGCCUCCUGUAUAGAGUGUAGCGCUGCACUCAAGACCUGCCCCAUCUGCAGACAGACCAUCCGAGAGCGCAUACAACUCUUUGUCUGAGACUGUGGUUUCCAGUUUAAAACUCUUACACCAUCUGUUACAUUUGAAACAGGAGCGACUGACAGCAAACCAAGAAGAUGUUACCUUUUUGUAUUUUUGAUGGGUUUAAAUACAGAAAAAAAGUGCCCAGACCCAAAAGCAGAUUUCUUGAGUCCCUUUUUACGCAGAGGUUUUGGUAUGAAGUGAAUAGGCUCUGUGCACAAAAGCGCCUGGGAACCUCACUGUGAGCGUCACUACUUUCUGUUCAGCUUUAUCUCUGUGAGGUUUUUACUGAAUUGUGCUAAAAUGAAUAAAUAUUUAAAGAUAAGGCAGUGAACAGGUUAAAAAAUACACAAAUAAAAUACAUAAUUAAGUGGAGGAAAUAGAGAAAGAGAGACACACACUGGGUAGUCUUUAUUUUAUGGUUGUUUAUUUUAUGUUUUACAAGUUUAAUAAGUGACUGUUUGCUUUGAGACACAGUGAGCGAGCUAGUGUGCUUCUGUGCACAGAGCCGAUUGUCACGUUAGCACAAAAGGUACAAAAUACAGAGGCUAAAUGGCGUCCACCAAUAAAUACAAUGUCUAUUUAGCUUUUCAACCUGCAGUCGAGUGGAGAGCAUCUUGCCUCUGUCACAACAUCCUUUUGUGUAAAACUGACCAGACCUGAAAGUCCCAUGUCUUAACCUCUGUGUAAAAGAGGAUGCAGACUCCCGCCCGAGCGCCGCCUCUCGUCUCUGUCCUAUCUUUGCUGCUUUCUUUCUGUUACCCAUGAUCCUCUGUGGCUGCGUGGCCUCUGUUUACACGGCCUGUCCUGUGAAUUGUUUGUAUCCCAUAGUAAUAAUCAGUGUUAGUGUCUGCAGAGGGUCCUAUAGCUGCAGCUCUUAUAUAGUCAGCACUGGCCUGAAUGCAAGGGCAGUUUAUAUACAGUGUAUGCAUGGACAGAUGCAUAUUGUUAAGCUGAAAUGACAGUGUGGUGUUUAUUUCUCUGGUUACAUUUGUGCUUAUAAUGUAUCCACUCGUACAGAUAUUUAUUUAUGUGUGAAAGGUGGUAAUUAGAAACAUUUUAGUUGGUGUUUGCUUGUUUCUACUGAAAACAAGUCUAAGUCCUCUUCUCUCAGGGUAUCCAUCCAAGCACUUGUGAUAUCCAUAAAGGUCAAUGACCUCCCGCGAUUAUAAAUACCAGCUUCUCGCUCAAACGCAGCUGAACAGCUGAAGGGGCCAGUGGAACCAUGUGAGGGGAGCACUGGCAGAGGACUACAUUUCCCAGAAGGCAUUCUGCUAAUGUUUCAUGUCAGAGUGACCCUUCUCUCUGGAUAUCUGGAUUGUACAUCUUCAUCUGUUUUAGUGUUUAGUUUUCUAAAAGGGCUUAUGCAUAUAAUAAUCAAUCUUGAAUCCUAAUCCUUAUUUAAUUAAUUUUAUAAUAUAAACUUCUGAAGACAGGAGAUUUUUGUUGUUUGAUCCCAUGUUUGGGAGCUGUACAUUUGAAUGUCUGGUUGCACCUGUCUCUGCCUUUUGGACAUGGACCGAGACAAAGGGGGAGACUUGUUUACUUUAAAAGUACUUUCAACAGUGCCAAACGCAUGAGGAUGUGCAUGGGCAUGCACGCCCCAACUUCAACUAUGUAGUCACUCUGCUCAUCCUGAACCCAGGGCCAGUCCAGGACUGUCCUCCUCAUACAGUCUGUGGUCCUCAUGUAGACUCUUGAGUCAACACUUAGCCCCCUGCGUGCUAAUGCAGUUUGCCUCCUGUGCACCGGGGGCUGUCAUGAGAAUCCUAAUUCCAUCCAUUCUCAUCUGGUGAGAUGUAUUCUUUUAUGAUCUAGGAUAUGUUUCUGAGUCUGAGAGGUGAGUCCCUGGGUUUCGCAAAGGCAAUAAUGUUUAUCACUGGAGAGGUUUGAGGUCUUCUCCACCUGUAGAGGGCGCAGUUGGACAGAGAACUGUUCUGUAUAAAAUGUUACUCUGUGUUUGUACAGUUCUGAUGUUGGCCUUACUGUCCAUUCCUCUUCGUUUCAUGGUUUUUCAGUUCUAAUCUGUACAAAAAUAUUUUGCAAUAAAUAUGAACCUGUUUUAUAAA